UCCACUAAACGCAAGAAAUAAACAACAUAUUGCUGCUAGCAAGUAAAAAUUAGCUAAAAACCAAUAAAUUAUGAGCUUAAACAGAAAAUUGUGAAGAUAUACGAAACGAGUGAAAAUCGCGGAACCAUUUGGUGCUAUGUAAAAUUGCCUGCUACUCGUCUUGCCCGAGACAAGCCGCCGCAGUAAUUUAAAGCGAGGAGACCCCUGCAAGAGGGUUUAGGAAGGACAUAACAGACAGCCAGGAUGGUGCUCGUGCUGAACGGUGUGCUGCAGGACGACUGCCCCAUGGACACCAACAGCCUGUUCCUGCAGCAUCCCGUCUACAGAGACUACGCCCAGCAGCUGCACUCCAUUCAGGCCAAGUCGGUGGGUCCGGUGGGGCUGCUCUACGUGGGACAGCGGGAGCUGGCCGCCUCCGCUCCGCACGACAAGCACGUCAACAUCAUCGGCGCCGACGAUGCCACCACCUGUAUUAUCGUCGUGGUCCGCCAUUCGGGAUCUGGAGCCGUGGCUCUGGCCCACUUCGAUGGCAGCGGCGUGGACGAGGCUGUGUGCACCAUGGUGUCGCGGGUCCAGGAGCUGGCCGUCGGCUACCCGGAGGGUCGGAUCGAGUUGCAGUUGAUUGGUGGCUACCGCGAUGCCAAGGGCUACGGCGAGGACGUCUUCUUCAGCAUCAUGCAAUCAUUCCACAAUCACCUUCUUGAGAUCGAUCUGACGCAGGCAUGCGUGGGCGAACUGAAUACCAUGAUGCGCGGCGAGAUCAGCUGCCCGAUAAUCUACGGCGUGGGAGUCAACAUCAAGACUGGUGAGAUCUUUCCGGCCUCUUUUCCGGACCGAGGACCCGAUCGGGAGUUGCGCGACGCUCGCAUUUUCAUGGGAGCGCAAUCGGUCCUGGAUGUAUACGACUCAUCGCUGGGUAUGCUGCGCAUUGGACCCUUCAACUACGAUCCAUUGCGCGGCGCCGAUCUGUGGCUGUCCCAGACGGAUGAGUUUCUGCUGCAGCACCUGUCCUCCAGUCCCGACGUGGAGCCACCUCACUUUGCUCCUCAGACGCGUGCCACCAUAAGGUUUAUACAGGAGAACCAGUUCCCCGCCGUCACCGUUUUCAGGGACAAUCGGCCGCGCUACUUUCGACGGGACGAUGGCACGGGCUGCUGGGUGCUGGUUAGAUAUUAAAGAUUACUUUAGUGUUUAGUUGUUACGCAAUUCGAAACUGUCGCAGAUUUGUUAAGUGUCUGGUGCAUGCGUUAAAUGUCGCUCUUCACCGCAAAUGCUUCUGCUUGCCUUUGUUUGAGUUUUAAUCGUUGAGUUGAGUUGAGUUGAGUUGAGUUGAGUUGAGUUGAGUGUAUUCGGUUGUAAUUGCCGUUGAUAUUCCGAUAAACCUGUAUCUGCUGUAAUUAUCGCCUGACUAGCAAUUGCAAUUGAUGAAUGCGACAUAAUCUCUUUUUAAUUAGAUACAAGAUUGAGUUCCGACGCUGGAGACGGAUGCUUGGGACGAGCCUUAGAAAUGGAUCUGAACUGGAAACGUGAAAGCGAUAAAUAAUGAUCAAUAAUUAUUACAAUUGUAUGUGCACAUAUGCAUGUAAAUAUUUAUGUAUGUGACCCCAUAAAAGAACCUAUUACUAUUUAAAAGAGAUUCUUAGCUAAAUAUAUAUGCGCAUACCCCGUGUAAACGAAACGAAUCAAUUUCGAAUGCAAUCAUUUUAGCUAUAUCCAUAACUUGUAAUCGAAACUGUAAGAAAAUAUAUAAAAAUGGCUUGGCUAUACAUACACACA